CCAAGUAACUCUCUGCGCUUGCGCACACUAGUGGCGAGGCUCCAGGUCGCUCUUGUUAACUGAGUUUUGUUACGCAGAGUAAACCAGAAAGAGUACUUUCUGGAGAGUAAAGAUGUCAACAAGUGACUUCUAUCUGAGAUAUUAUGUUGGCCACAAAGGGAAGUUUGGACAUGAGUUCUUGGAAUUUGAAUUCAGACCUGACGGUAAACUGAGAUAUGCAAACAACAGCAACUACAAGAAUGACGUCAUGAUCAGGAAAGAGGCAUAUGUACACAAAAGUGUGAUGGAAGAACUGAAGAGGAUCAUUGAUGACAGUGAGAUCACGAAGGAAGACGAUGCUCUGUGGCCGCCUCCUGAUAGGGUUGGCAGACAGGAACUGGAGAUCGUCAUUGGGGAUGAGCACAUUUCUUUUACAACCUCCAAAAUUGGCUCCUUGAUUGACGUCAACCAGUCAAAGGAUCCUGAAGGCCUUCGCGUGUUCUACUACCUGGUGCAAGAUCUGAAAUGUCUUGUGUUCAGUCUCAUCGGUCUACACUUCAAGAUCAAGCCCAUCUAAAGGAGGAUUUUUCUUGUUUUAAUUGCUUUACCUAAUGUUUCUGUUGUUGUACUACCGCAUUUGUACAUUUGCUUUUGGUGGAACUGUUUUUUAUUUUAAAUAAAGUCUGAGGAAAAGUC